AGCCGGAGGUGCUCCCAGCCCAGCAGCAGCAGCCGCAGCCGGACCAAGAGCAGCAGCAGGAGGCGGCGCCGGCUGAGGAGGAGGAGGAGGAGGCGUGCCCCUUCUUCCCCCACUGCGGGCCGGCGGUGCGGGAGGUGCUGGGGGUGUUGGCGUCGCGGCUGCUUCGGGCGGUGCUGCCGGGGGAGGGACGUCAGGACUGGGUGGUGUAUGGCAGGCUCCCCUCUGCUGCGGGUGCGGGUGCAGCGAGUGCGGCUCUGGAGCCGGAGGUCAUCAUCCUGCAGCUACCGGUGGAGCGGGCGGCAGGGGGCCCCGCGGAGCCCGCCGCUGCUGACGGGGGCGGGGAGGAGGCGGGGCGCAGGGGGGGUGAGACGGCGGCGGCGGCGGAGGGCCCGUCCAGCAGCAGCGGUGGUGGUGGUAGUGGUGGUGAGCCGGGUGGGGAGCCGCCCCAGCUGCUGCCCCAGCUGCGGCCCCAGCUGCGCGACCUGUCGGUACUGCGGCAGCUGCAGCAGCUGGGGCUGUGCGAGGUGCGUGCAUCCGCACUGCCGUACGACUUCCUGACCGCCACAUUCCUGCUCGCCAAGUGGCGGCGCCCGAAGCGGCAGGAGGAGCUGCAGGAGGGGGCCGCGGUCGCGGAGGGAGGUGCCAUGGGUGUUGUCCCGGUACCGCCUGCCGAGGCCGCUGCUCCCCCCUGCUGCGCCCCCAGCGGCCUGGUGCUGCUGCCCCCCGAUGCGGCGCUGCGGGAGGCGGGGCACCCGGGAGCCCGGCUGGCGGACCAGCAGUGGGAGCAGCUGCUGCACGUGCAGAUGGAGGACGGCUCACUGCUGCCGUACCACCGCUGGUGGCGCGGACGCAGGCAGCAGCAGCAGGAGGCCAGCCAGGCCGCGGCGCCUGCCCUCCUGCCCCUCCGCUGCCGCCAGCCUGCCGUGCUGCAGCUGCUGCGGCAGGCGGCGGAGGCAGACGUGGCGGCGCGGCGGGCCUCCCGGGAGCAGCUGCGGGAGGCACACGCGCGCGCCUUCGCCGGGCCGCCGGGCAGCAGCGAGCCGGGGGGGCUUCGGCGGUCUGCCCGGCUGGGCGGGGAGGCGGCGAGGGAGCGGCUGCGGGCCUGUCUGCUGGCGGAGGGCAGCCAGGAGGAGCCGCAGCGGCAGGGGGAGCAGGAGCAGGGGGGGCAGCAGCGGCAGGAAGAGGGUUCCGUGCUGGGCAAGCGCGACCCGGGCCAUGGUGGCGGCAGUGCGGGCCCGGCGCCUAGGAAGCGCGCCAAGCAGGCGCAGGUGCAGGAGCAGGUGCAGGAGCAGGUGCAGGAGCAGGUGCAGGAGCAGGGGCGGGGCAGCAACCCUGAUGCCGGCAGCAGCAGCGGCGGCCCGCUGCCCCCCGCGUUGGCGCUGCUGCGGC